CACGCACCACCACACUGAGCAUUAAGUUUGAUUUCCUGGAUUAAAGCUACUAAUACCUGAACAGAGAGCAGACUUUAUUGCCUCUUGCAGAGCCAGCCCGGCGAAAUGACGAUUUGCUGACCAAAGAGCAAAGUCCUUGCUGUGCACACAGGGUGAUGAUGCUCCCCACCGGUCUAACCAGGCAGUAGAAGGCUCCUUGGCUCGGCUGGCACCAGCCCAUCGCUUCUAAGAAACUUCACCAUCCUCAGUGUUGCGGAGAAAAGAUGUGAACAAGUCCCAUGGAGCUCUUGUGCCUUUUGAUGUGGCUCUUGUUUGGAUCCGUCAAGGGGAACAGGCCAGAAGCAUGCCCAACUCUUCCAACAACUGAAUUUGCUGAUGUUACUGCUGAAACGUAUCCACUGGGGACCAGACUGUAUUAUGAAUGUGACAGUGGCUACACCAGAAGAAGUGGGCAGUACUUGGGAAUUCGGUGUCAGAGUAUACAGCAGGUUGCUUCUUGGGUCUACAAGGAAUUUGAAUGCAUUGAUGAGAAAUUUUUGUUGUCAACGGCUCCCACAAUGGAGUUAGAUGUUACACAGAAGCCAGAAAGAGAAACACAGAAGAGCCCUGCACUCCAGAAGCAAGUAAACCUUUCAGAGUCUGACCAGAAAGAUUUCUGUGGUCCUCCCAAGACUAUUCCACAUGCCUCUUUAAGCCUGAGCAAACAGUAUUACGUGGGACAAGUAUUACAUUUCAAAUGCCAGAGUGGAUAUGAUAAGCGACCUCCCAUCUCUGGCACCCGUGAGUGCAAGAAGGUGAAUGGCAAGAUCAACUGGACCCCCCUUGACUUGCGAUGCACCAAUGACAGCAACGAGUGGCUGCCACAGACUGUUGAGCCAGGUUCGAAUCAUCCACCCUUUUCCUCAUCUGUGAUACUGCCAGUGACAGCUAUCUUUUUUGUUCUGCUUAUCAUUCCUGCUGUUUUCAUGUGACUCACCAAGCAGAGAAUACGAGUUCAGAUUGUGGAGUUCAGAUCCAAACUCAUGAAACUGAUGACUUGCCACAGAAGAAACCAGAUUGCACCAGCGACUCCAGGACCAGCAGUGGCAAAUGGGGAAGAAGCCUGGACAUUCAUAUUCCAACAUGUGAAGGAGGCAGAAGAUAUUACAGCUUAUUUCUUAUGGGGACAGAGGGACUUUACACCUACAGAGCACUGGUGGAGGGAGUGCACCCUAUCACUGACAGAUGGGGAAAGAGCCCUGCCUGAAACUGCUUCCCAAAACCACUCUCCUCCUCCUACCAUAUAGCAGAUGUGUUGCUAAUAUAACUGCAGCCUCUCCCAAGCGACCAGGCGUACAUAUGGACCACUCGCCCAAGCAUGUUAGAUGAUGGUACCAUCAGUACAGCCCACACACCACCUUCUCCACAAAGAGAGAUGCUGGAUACCUGGUGUCCCCCCAUCCCAUCCCAAUCCAGAUGGGUCAAACACAGUCACUCUUUUCUCCUUCUAUCACUGGAUAUCCUCUUGGAAAAGGCUAUUAAACCCAUUUACACUCUGCACAUAAGCUGAAAUUCUUACUGGACUGGAAAUUCUUACUGGCUACAUAUAUACACACAGAGGUAUAUAGCUAUAGGUAUAUAUACAGGCCAAAUGACUCAUGGUCUAAAGGUGCCUGAUUCUCUGCAUUGACUCUAAAUGAUGCCCAUAUUGAGUAGAUUAGCUAUAGAUUCUUACCUGGCAUAUGACAAAAGCAAAAUGGGAUGAAUCCUGUCCUUAUAAUUCAGGAGGCAUGAGUUCUUGCUGUAGUUUUCUAUUUUGUGAUAGAGUGUAUGUGUCGUUUUACAGGUUUGUAUUCCUGUUGAGUUAUUCUCCCUCCAAAGCCUUGAUAUUUAUACUUCCCAUGGCUUUUUUUAUUCCUGUUGGAAUAAGACUUACUUGUACUAUAUAUCUUUCUAAAGGUGGAUGUGUAAUGGUCUAUUACAUGCUGUUAUUUUGUAUGGGAGCAAACAACAAUCUGUAUUUACAUGAUAGACGAUAGGU